AGGAGAGCUUCCGGUGGCGGCGGAGGAGGCGAGAGUGUGACCUGCAAGUGGCGCGGGAGGCGGCCCGGGGGAAGCGUUAGUCCAGGACCAUGUCUGGAGAACUGCCACCAAACAUUAACAUUAAGGAACCUCGAUGGGACCAAAGCACGUUUGUUGGACGAGCCAAUCAUUUCUUCACUGUAACUGACCCUAGGAAUAUCCUGUUAACAAACGAACAACUAGAGAAUGCAAGAAAAAUAGUACACGAUUACAGGCAAGGAAUUAUUCCUCCAGGUCUUACAGAAAAUGAAUUAUGGAGAGCAAAGUACAUCUAUGAUUCAGCUUUUCAUCCUGACACUGGUGAAAAGAUGAUUUUGAUAGGAAGGAUGUCAGCUCAGGUUCCGAUGAACAUGACCAUCACAGGCUGUAUGAUGACAUUUUAUAGGACUACGCCGGCGGUGUUGUUCUGGCAGUGGAUUAACCAGUCCUUCAAUGCUGUCGUCAACUACACCAACAGAAGUGGAGACGCUCCCCUCACUGUGAAUGAAUUGGGAACAGCUUAUGUUUCUGCAACAACUGGUGCUGUAGCCACAGCUCUAGGACUUAAUGCAUUAACCAAGCAUGUCUCCCCACUGAUAGGACGUUUUGUUCCCUUUGCCGCCGUAGCUGCUGCUAACUGCAUUAAUAUUCCGUUAAUGAGGCAAAGGGAACUCAAAGUUGGCAUUCCUGUCACAGAUGAAAAUGGGAACCGCUUAGGGGAAUCGGCAAACGCAGCAAAACAAGCCAUCACACAAGUCGUCGUCUCCAGGAUUCUCAUGGCAGCCCCUGGCAUGGCCAUUCCACCAUUUAUUAUGAACACUUUGGAAAAGAAAGCCUUUUUGAAGAGGUUCCCAUGGAUGAGUGCGCCUAUUCAAGUUGGAUUAGUUGGCUUCUGUUUGGUAUUUGCUACACCCCUUUGUUGUGCUCUGUUUCCUCAGAAAAGUUCCAUGUCUGUGACAAGCUUGGAGGCUGAGUUGCAAGCUAAGAUCCAAGAGACCCGUCCUGAGUUGCGGCACGUGUACUUCAAUAAGGGGCUGUAAAGGAGGAAGGGAACCCUCUACCGCUAGUCCUGCCAACAGCAAACCUGGUGUUGCCAUGUGGGUGAGGAAAAUCCUGUUCAACCUGGGUUCUCCCAGCUACAAAUACCUUUUAAAGAUCCACAUCAGCCUUUUAGAAUAAAGCUGCUACUUACAACACAGCACUGGUGUGGGCCAGGUGCCCAGCACCUGUUGGUUCCCCUACAUUUGGAUAAAUCAUGAUUUAUGGAAAUGCCCUUCCUGUAGCUUUUACAGUAAUUGUUUUUCAAAGACAAUGUCUCGACCCUCACCCAGGGUUUUAAAAAAGUACUGCUAGACAUAGAAUAGGUGCUCAGUGUAUGCUCAGUCAAUGUUUAUUGAUUAUCAAUCAGUGAAAGGAAAUCUGUUUAAAAUACUGAAUUUCCAUCUCAUUAUUAUCUUAAAUCAAGGAGAUCUCAGCAGUGAAUUCAGAAAAUAUAAAAGCUGUAAGGCUAACCUGUAGAAUCUUAUCCCUACAUAUUAAGGGCAGUUUGCUUCCAGGUUGGGCCCAAGGUAGAUGAUAAAGUUUUAGGAUUUAUAGAGUAAAAGCUCCUUGGUUGUAGCUUCCAAAAGCCACAGCCAUGGACCAGGGCAACACACCCUCCCUGUUGUCCAGUCAUGUGCAUUCAAAUGGUGGGUGGAUAUCCUUAGUUGGUUUUUAAAUUUAUUAUUUUGUAUUCUUACAAUGAUGUUCACCUUACCUUGCAGUGAUUGACUUUAUUAUUGUUAUUUACAUCAAAUAAUCGAAUAACUGAAAUGUAUCAAUGUCACAUUUCGGAAGUAUAUUUAAUACCAGUGCAGUAUGACUGGGUUGAAGCUGAUGUGCCAGAUUUUCUUAAGUGAGACCACAUGGUUCCAGCUAUCUCAGUGUCCUUUCUUGUCACCCUUAUAAAUCUCUUUCACUUUCAGAAAGACACAGAUAAUACAUGUAUAAAUCAGUCACAGUGAAUUUUACUUGAAUAUUGUAUAUCACCCUGUUUGAAAAUAAUGAAACUAUGUACCACUGUUUACAUCACCUAUAGUAAUUUCACAGAUAAUAUAUUUAAUGUAACAGAGAUUAUGUUUCAAGUCUGUAGAUGUUUAAUGUCAUAUACAGUCAGCUGUCUGUACCUGCGGGUUCCACAUUCAUGAAUUCAGCCAAGUGCAGAUUGAAAAUAUUUUUAAAAAACAAUAAAAAGUAAUACAACAAUGGAAAAUAAUACAAAUUUGAAAACCAAUAUAGUAUAACAAUCAUUUACAUAGUACUUAAAUUCUUUUAGGUAUCAGAAGUACUUUAGAGAUGGUUUAAAGUACACUAGAGGAUGUGCCUAGUCUGUAUGCAAAGACCAUGCCAUUUAUAUCAUAAACUUGAGCAGCACACUUGGGUAAUGGGUAUCCUGGGGGUGGGAAAGUCCUAGAACCAAUCCCCUGCAGACACCGAGGGGCCACUGUACAAGGUGUUUGUUUCAUUGCGUGUAGAUUGUUGUAAUUCAGAGGUUUGUAAGUGAAAAAAAAUAAACCAUUUAGUUUUGACAGAUUCUUUUUCCUGACAAUGUGACCAGACUGAGUUUCCUCAUAAAGAGAAAAUGGUGUGCCUUGUGUCUGUGUUCCUCUUUUCUCUGAAAGGAUUAAUGGAUCUGAAGCUUUGAGACGCUGGGAGCCUUCUUUAGGGGGCUACCAGAAUUCUCAUUUUGAUAUUCUGUCUUAAAGUCAUCAAAGCAAAAUGGCUUCCCCUUGACAUUCUGGCCUUGAACAGGUUCUGUUGCCCUCAAUGCUUCUCUUUGAAAAAGUGGUAAAAGCCUGAAAUUCAGGGCAGAUCUCCGUAAGGUGCUUCAAGGCACUUUGUAUAAGAAGCUAAAGUACUUGAGGCCCACCCACCUCACCACAGCUCAUCUCAGAGUUCUCACCCUGCUUAAUCUUCAGCUCUGUUUCAGAAUGUCAACCUUCAGGACCAAGUUACUGACCAGUAGGGAGGCUGAUGAGCUAACCGAAAUUUGACACACACCAGGAAGAUGUGACCAAAGCAUAGUUAUACAGUGAAAUAGUUAUGAUAAUUAAGUAGGAGAUGUGUCUUUUUAAACAUUGUUUUUUGAAGCUUCAGACUCUUAAUGCUUUUAUAUAGAAAUAUUGACUGUAUAGUUUAAUCAUGGUUUAUAAAAAAGAACAAAUGAACCAAGAUUAGCAAUCCUUGCUGAUCUCUUAGAAAUACCUUUUCUGGAGAAAAAAAAAAUUCCAUGUGCAGUGCAAUAAGCUUGUAAAACUAAAUAAUUAUUAAUAUUUCUAUUGAUGUGAUAUAAAGAAUUAUGAUGUAAGUAUUUACUGACUGGCAGUUUUAUUUCAGUAUUAGCACAGUGUCUUGCCAGUAUUGGAGUCAAUGUAUUAUUUCAUUUCAACUGGAUGAAAUGUCAAAUAAACUCAGAAUGAAAA